UUCUUCAUCAAUCAUGGAUUUCCUGGUCCAACUCCUGGACAGGCUCAAGACUCCGAAGGAAUCGCUGAGUUUGAUCCACGUCGUGGUGCAAAAUUGGGUCAUUUUCCAUCGAGACACCUUUGACCAUCUGGACGAAGAUGGAGAUCCCUACUUAAAUCAGGUUUUCCUGAUCGACGUCUCUUGUGGGCGGUACAUUCAUCGAGCUCAAGGCCACAAGGUGGAUCAUGGAACCACUUUUGAUGUAGACGUCCUAGAAGACAAAUUAACUGAAGUGUUUCUGAGGACCAAAGUCUGUCCGGGAUUUCCCAUCCGACAAGUGACAGAUUCGAGCAAGUCUUCGAAAGUUGUGGACUUGCCUUACAAGAGGCGUAUUUCGAGGGCGUGUCAGUAUUACUGGAAGGUAGAGGAGGAUGCUCAUCCUUCGCUCACUUGUCCACCUUGUGCCAAUGCUUGGCAAGAGAUCACUGCCAAGAAUUCCCAAUUCGACGUUUUAGCAAAUAUUAUGGAUCACGUUCUGGACCAAGAUGCGGCUUCUGAGAACGCCCUCAAGUUGGAUGGCGAAACUGAGAACAAUCUUGAGGGCGAUGAGGAACUGGAUGGUGCAUUGGAAGAUUAUGAAGACGGAGCUCUGGAUGAUUACGAGCUUGACCAAGACUCCUGGCCCCCUCAGAGCCCAAAAAUUGUGAAAAAGAUGGAAGUGGAGAAGAGGACCCGUAAAGCUAAGACGAGACCUGAGGUGGAAAGUACGGGCAAGAUCUAUAAAUGUAGUAAAUGCUCAGAAUGCUUCUCAUCUCAAGCCUUAUUGGUGAAACACCGACGAGCAUUGAAACGAAAGAGAAGAGCUCAAAGGAAAGUCGGUUGUGUGGAGUGCAAGAAUAACGAUAUCGCCACUUUUAAGCAGUUAAUCGAGCAUGUGGCCUUGAUGCAUCCCGACAAAGUUGGUGAAUAUGAGAAAUAUUUGCCAAAAGAACAAGAUAUUGAUAUGAUGAAAGAACCUCUCAAGUGCUCGAUUUGUGAUCUGGUCAGCAAUGGGAGUGUCAUGAACUUCAGACAUCGAGAGACGUAUCACGAUCUCGGUGAUUAUGUGUGCAGUGAGUGUCAAGAGCCGUGUUUAACUUACUAUGAUAUGAUGGUGCAUAAUUACCAAAAGCAUGGGAGGGCCAUGGAUCAUAUUCCGCCCAGCUCCUUUGCUUUGGAGACCACUACCACCGAGGACGGCAAGAUUGGGUUUAAGAAAUCCAAGUUGAUGUGUCAAGUGUGCUUGAAGAUCUACAAGAAAGACUUCGGACUCAUUACCCAUAUGCGUACCAAGCAUUCCUGGGGCAUGUUCAAUUGCAAACCUUGUGGGGAGUCCUGCCAUUACUCCAAAGACAUCUCCGCCCACGUGGUCAACUUCCACGGUGACAAUCCAGAAGUGGAGUGUCCCAAUUGUUUGGAAGUGUUUAACCUCCAAGGUGAUUCGACCGCAUUUGAAGCCCACUAUCAAACAUGUCUGCCCAGUUCCAGUGAGAAAGGACCGUUUCAAUGUCAGUAUUGUGGCAAAGAGUACGCAUUUAAACAGACUUUGGAUGCCCACAUCAAGAUGCACCAGGGUAUUAUCCGCUUCAAAUGUGGCUAUUGUGAGUAUGGGUCGAAUCAUAAACACGUGUUGGCCGAACACGAAAAGAUGCAUCUCCGUAAGUUGGGCCUGUCCACGGAAGUCCCGGACGAGAAUCAGAUUCAUCAGUGCGAUAAGUGUGGAAAACAAUUUGGGAACCGACGACAAGUGAAUAAGCAUAUUCGAGUGAUUCAUAAAGGUAUCAAGCCCACUUUUCAAUGCAAGGAAUGCGGCGAGUUUCUCAAACAUUCUGCGGCUUUGUACAAGCACAAGCGGGAACGUCACGGAUUUGUCUCGAAGUCCUCAAAACCAUGAGGCGUCAAAAUCAUUGGGCAUGUUAUUAAUAUUAUUAUUUUAUUACAUUUUAGAUUGUUCUAAUUUGAACAAAGUUCCUUAACGAUUUGACUUAUUCGAGAAGAUCUGAGUAAAUAUCGUAGAUUUCUAAAUUUUUGUCCUUCUGAAAUAUAAUUCCAUAGGUUUUCUU